AUGGCAUCAUCAUCAACAACUGCUGAUCAAGUUCAAGUGACAAUAACACGCAAAUCGGAUGGUAAAUCAAUGGUAUUCAAUUUGGCUGAAAAGGCAACUGUGAAAGAAUUAAAAACAGAAUUAAAAGCACGUUUAACACCUCAAUACGCUGAAGGUUGUCGUCUUAUUUAUAAAGGCAAAGUGUUAAAAGGUAAACAUUCCUUAAAACAUUAUGGUUUAAAAGCAGCAGCUGGAGGAACGGAUAUUAUUAUGGAUGAUUCAAAAGACUGGAAAUCGUCGUCAGAUUCAUCGGAUUCAGAAAAAGAGCACAAAUAA